AUGCAUUUGGCCGCACAAGAAGAUAGUUUGGCCGCAGCCGAGUUGCUCUACGCCGCCGGAUCUGAACUGGAUGCGCGCACCAAGGCGGGCUACACACCGCUGCAUACCGCGUGCCAUUUUGGUCAGAACGGUUGGACUCCGGGUCACGUGGCCAGAAGACAGCAUUAUUUGAACAUUUUUGAAGUGCUGCGUCAGGUGACGACAUGUGUUGAAUCGUGGGAAGCAGAUGAUGAAGAGCUGCUGGAACCGAAAACCGUGGAUGGUGAAGCCGCCCGUGCCUUGCCGGAUGGCACGACACGGUUUGCUCCGGGAACCCGUUUGUUACUCGAACAACCUGAUGUCAUGGCAGACCAUGCAGUCACUGAUACAGAGGAAGAAUGUGUCGAACCGGAUUACACAGUGAUCCCAGCCUCGCCACUGUUCUCCCGUUCGGCAAGUUCCGGACAGGCAGGUCUGAGUCAAAUGGUGGACGGACGUAGCACAGUCGGGGCAAGAGUGAAUGGAUUCAGCAAGGGUGGAGCGGACAAAUUGUCUACUGUGUCAGGUAUCAAGCUUGGAUGA